AUGGAUACCGAAAGGAAGGAUGAAAUUGUGGCCGGUGUGAUUAUGUUGAUAAUAAGCGCUUUCGGCAAUGUGGUGAACAUUGCGGUUGUUAUACUGCUCUACCGUACACCUUCAUUCCAUAAUGCAUUUGGCUUAAUUUGUGCUUCGCAUUUGAUCGCCGAUAUCGGAGUGCUCUUGAUUUUCUCAUUUUGGGCUGCCCCAGCUGCACUGUUGUCAGUGUUCUCAGUGCGAAAAACCAAAGUGAUCUUGGCUGUAUUUUGGAUAGUUUCUGCUGCAAACGUAUUCGCCUACUUUUGGAGUAUGUUUGCAAAGUAUUUUUCGUUUUUCCCUGACAGGGAAUAUUUUCAUUUAGUCUCAAUUGAUCGAUUUGGUCAAUGCUGUUCGAAUUUUACUCCGACGUUGUUUUCGAGGGUUUAUGAUGAAAAGGGCUGUGUACAAACGCUAACAUUUGCUCUGGCAGUUCUAUCGUUUUUCGUCCUUUCUAAGUUCAUGGAAUCAAAAUGGGGGAUUUUCGUCACUACAACAUGUGUCUGGGAAAUAGCACAUGCUGUAGAUGGAAAUCUUGCUUGUAAUUUAUUCAUCAAUACCGAUACCAGUACUACCUAUACCGCCUCGGGUGCCAUCCAGUCAGGCAUGCGUUCGAUGUCGGCAGUCGAAUUGCGUUCGUAUCAAGCUUCGUCAAUGUGGUCAUAUCAGCUGUGUUGCUUGUACUCUGGACCAUCUGAAGGAGAGACUUGUCGAGUUGGAUACGACGACAUCGAGUGCGGUCUUUUCUGGGUAAAACUUGCUGUUGAUGUACGUGCCUUCGCCCUAAUUCUCUACACGCCCGUGUUCGGCCUUGCUUGUAUGAUGGGAAUUCCUCUCUUCAUCCUUAUCGCUUUUCCUACAUUUCUUGCUGAACGGAUAUACAACCAUGCUACAUUGCAAACCGACUAUCUCAGCACCCCUGAGAAAGUGCUGCUGGCAUUCAAGAUGGUAUCUGUCUUUCUGGCCGGUGUGCCAGUAGGUCUGUUUCUUGCUCUGAAUUCGAUUAUCACUGCUGCACUGGUUGUUGUGAUGUAUAUCUUAUUUACGAUCUUAAAGACAACCCCUUAUGCAAAAGUAAGUAAACAAGUUGCUAUUGAUCGGAAAUCUAAUUAUAAACAAGUAACCCGACGAGUUACACUUAGCACAUGA